GAUUCGGCUAAUUUCAAUUUUUUGUCUUUCCACUAUUAAAAAACCCAUAAAAAGUUUUUAAAAACCCACUGAUGCUUCUCUCAGAUUUGGUAAAGUUAACUCAUUUAUAAGUUAUAAGAAUUGCGAAGAGAGCGUCUCUGUAAAAGCUUGAAUCUUUGGUUUCUCUUUCAAUCCAUUCCAAACUUAGAGAGUGAAAUCCAAUGGGAAACCAUUUUCUAACGUUGUCUCUUCUCCUCGUAAUUGUCUGCGUUUGCGUUUCCGUCAUCACCACGAAGCUAAACCCUAAAGAAGCAAUCGUACCUCCCUCCGAUUCGAAUUUAGCUUCUGUGAUUCCCAUUGAAAUUCACGGAGUCAAGAUCCUGCGACAAGCUUCGGAUACUAAAUUAGCUGAAUUAGGCGUCGCCUCUUGGCCAACGUGGGAAGGUAGUCCAAGCAAGUUUCCAUGGACGUUUAAGAAGACAGAGACGAUGUAUUUCGUGGAAGGGAAGAUCAAAGUGUAUGUAGAUGGAUACGAGGAAGAAGAAGAAGCCUUUCAGAUAGGGAAAGGAGAUGUGGUAGUUUUCUUUAAAGACAUGAAAGUUGUUUGGGAGAUAACUGAAGCUGUGAAGAAACAUUAUAGCUUAGAGGAGUAGUGUAAAGAGAACUCUGUGUCGUUUUCGUUUGUUGUAGUUGAUACUCUGGCUGUGACUAGCUUACCAAUGGUGUUGCAAUGUUAAUUUGGGAUUAAAUGUCACAAAGCUUAAUCUUUGUGUUCAUUACGAAACCGGAAAAUCAUUGAGGACACGUUUGUUACUUUAUUCAUCAUAUAUGAAUUUCCCGAAACCAGGUGCACACGCGUUAAAUCAGGAGAUAGCAAAAACCCAAUAUCACCCCU